AUGAGUGAAACCUCGAGAAGUUUGGGGACUUCGAGUGACGUCGGGGCGACGACCGAAUUUCCAUCUUUUCACGGAAUGAAACAUUACGUACAAGGCGAAAUGAACUGGGAUGAUUGGAUUGGCAGAUUCGAAGCCGAACUAAUAUCCUACAGUAUUUCGGAAAAUCAAAAAAGGAUGUAUCUGUUGUGCCUUUUAAGUACAGAAGCGCUCAAUAGCUUAUGCGACACGCUAUACUAUUUACAACGUAUAGGUCUUUUAACAUUAACAUACGUAGAACUUAAGCAAAAGCUUAAUGAUUUAUUUGCUCCGAAAGCUAUGGAGAUUGAUAAAAAUUUGAAAUUUCGCAACCGAAAGCAGCAACCUAACGAAAAUAAAAGUGCUUUCGCGAAUGCUCUAAAUAAGGAAAACGUCCCCAAAUCACAGAAUAACAAGAAUGGAAGCAGCAAAGUACCGGACCCGAACGAAGGAACAAAACAGGGAAAAUCAAAUACUUCAAAUAAUUUAAGAUGUUACAGGUGCGCCAAAUACGGGCACAAAUCAAUCCAUUGUAGGGUCGACCCGAAUACUUUAACGUGUUUAUUCUGCAAUAAAAAGGGACACGUUGCCGACAUUUGUUUCAUGAAUGGUAUAAACCGUUCAAAUACGAAUUAUGUCGACCAAUCCGGCAGUAAAGGCGAAGUGCUCGAUUCUUAUGGGAGCAGCAACGUGAGGCAGGUGAAGCAGACUGACGGCCCUGAAAAAUUUCUAAUGACUCUAAAUGUCAACGGUGUUGAGAUAGUCUUCGAGGUGAACAAUGAAGUUGCCGAUUCCUUCAUGUGGGAAAAAUAUGCGCGAGAAAUUUUCAAGGAGUCCAUCUUCCACAGUACGCAAAUAAAAUUAAUUAAUUAUUGUAAAACACAAAUUCCUGUAAUCGGAUACAUUACGGUAAAUUUGCAAUACGCGGACUCAACUCUCAAGGUAAAUUUGUAUCUUACGGCAAUAGCAGGCGUUCGUGUCGCAGGUUGCGAAUGGAUACGUAAAAUGUUACACGCCCGGGCGGUGCAGGGUAUAGAACAAGUGUUCAAUAGAAAGUGUCCAGUUUGUACUGCCAAACGUGAAAAGGACCCAAAGCUUCGAAUCGAUAAAUUACUUUCGAAUUACUAUUGUACAAAGGAUGAUUUAAGUAAAAUCACGGGCAUUAUAGCUACGCUUACGUUAAAAAAGGGUACGCGCCCGGUCUUCAUGGAACCUUAUUCUCUACCCUUUGACGUUCUUUCACUAGUAGGUAAAGAAAUUGACCGCCUAGUAUUACAAGGCGUGUUAAUACAAGUAGCUUCUUCGCAAUAUGCGACACCCAUCGUACCUAUUCUAAAUAAGGACAAUACAGUGCGUUUGUGCGGUGACUACAGCGUCACACUUAACUCUAAUCUCAUAAUGGAUAAAGUCCCCUUACCGACUAUAUACGAAAUGUUUGCAUCGCUCGCUGAAUGUGAACAUUUUUGUAAAAUACACUUAAAGCAAGCCUAUCUCCAACUAGAGGUCGAUGAAGCGAGCACGGAACUUUUAAUUAUAAAUACAUGUCAAGGUUUAUAUAGACCUACACGUUUAAUGUAUGGGGUUCCGUCUUUUUAUGCGAUUUGGCAACACAAGAUGGAAGAACUUUUAAAAGGAUUCGAAGGUGUUUUCCUAAUACUUGAUGAUAUACACAUCGGGGGUAGAACUACAAAUCAAUUACUAAAUAGAUUAGAACUUGUCCUUACGAUAUUAGAAGGUUAUAACAUUAAAAUAAAUAAAGAAGAAUGCGAAUUCCUUCAAGACAAGGUCGAAUUUUGGGGAUACGUGAUAAAUAAGCAUGGGUUGCAUGAGAGUAAGAGAAAAAUUGAACCGAUAGAAAACAUACCUCGACCUCAAAAUGUAAAUGAAGUCCGAUCUUUCAUUGAAUUUGUAAGCUAUUAUAGCCAUUUUAUUCCAGAUGUAAGUAAUCUAUUACAACCGUUACAUAAAUUAUUACAAAACGGGAUUAAAUUCAAGUGGUCAGAGGAAUGCGAUGAGUCAUUUUUACGAAUCAAAAAUGAGUUCAUGAGCGACAAAUGCUUUACCUCUUACAACCCAAACUUACCAUUAAUUCUAAGAAUCGACGCUAGUCGGUUGUCGCUCAUCGGUACAGGAGUCGGUGCAGUGUUAUCUCACAUGUUCCCCGACGGAACUGAGAGACCAAUUAUGUGGAUUUUAGAAAGUUUAAACAGUACACAAAGAGAAUAUGAUCAAAUGGAUAAAGAAGCAUAUGCUAUUGUUUCCGCGGUAAAGAAACUACACGAAUAUUUGUAUGGGAAUAAAUUUACGCUAGUUACGAAUAAUCGUCCUUUAAAGCACAUGUUUUCUUUAAAGAAUAGUCUACCGACGUUACGUUUUCAAGGCUACGCAACUUUUCUACGAGCAUACAAUUACGAUAUCGUUUACAAACGUCCAAUCAUAUCAAUCGAUCAAAUCGUAGCAGCCGAUAGAGACAACAGACAAACUUCGUUGCUGACACAUUUCAGAAAUUUCGUUACGUCUCUGGUUCGUGAAAAUAUAUUUAUAUCCGACUUAUAA